GUUCCUCAACGACAGAAAUGUGUUGCAUUUAAACCUAUUCGGCUGGGGAACACGACAGCAUGAACGUACUCCUGACUGGAACAGAGCAGACACAGAUCGUUACAAAAGAAAAGAAAACCAGAUGAGGCAAUCACAAUCUCUUACACGUAUUAUUCUGUUGUAAUUUCUCAGUGUCGGGUUUUCAUGACAUGUUUUACACAUGUUCUUAGCAUGUUACGAGGAAGUAAACUAACUAUCGGCCCUACAAUUGUGCAUCAGAAAUGCACAGCUAGUGGCAUUUCAUACCUUGAAAGUGUGUGCUGUGGUUUUCUAAAUGCUUAUAUGUGUGACAGCAGAAAUCCAAUCCUACAACUGGGCUGUUUGACAAUCUCAGCAGUCACAUUAGGGGAGUUUUCACUUGGGAACACAGUGCCCAAAACCUGGGCGGCAUCAUUGUGGAACUCUUCUCUCAGAGAGCAGCAGAGCUUCCUGUACCUGUGUAUGGAACUGUUCAUAUUUCAAUCUUGGUUUAACAACUGAAAUGUGUAUUUAUGUCAAAUUAUUAUCAAAUGUGAUGUAUGAACAUGGAUUCAGUUACACUAUCUAGUACCCUCAAAAUCCAAUAGCUUGAUAUAACAGUGCUUAGAUGUGAACAAAUGGGCUUAGUUCAGAGUUUUAGAAUGAUUUAUAUUUUUGGAAGGGUGGGCAUGAAUAAGUUGCUGAAUACCUGGGAUUGAUUGGCCAUAGGAUUACAGGUGCCUUUUUUAUAAUGUCACCUGAGAAUCUCAUUGGCUGCCUCUACCAACCACCUAAUUAUUUUUUCCUUUGUUACAUUGUGCCCCCCCCCCCCCCAUUUGAAAUGUUUCCUUUCUCACUUCUGCGGAGGUCAUUACACAUUUCUGGCCAGUGCUUGAAGAAGACUCCUCAGAAUCUGACAGGGAAGACUGUUGCGGAGCAGCGCUGGGUGGUGAGACAGCUCAAAGACCCCUUUGUGAAGGCGGCUCAUGUGCAGAAUUACCGCUGUCGCAGUGCGUUCAAACUAUUGGAGAUCAACGAGAAGCACAGGAUCCUGCAGCCCGGACUCAGCGUGGUGGACUGUGGAGCUGCGCCAGGGGCAUGGAGUCAGGUUGCAGUUGAAAAAGUCAACUCAUGUGGGGCUGAUCCUGGAGUCCCCACUGGUUUUGUGAUAGGAGUCGAUCUCCUUCGGAUAGCCCCGCUGGUUGGAGCGCACUUUCUGGCUAAUUCGGAUGUGACAGACCCAGCAACCCAAACCAGACUCGAGGAGCUUCUCCCUGCACACAGGGCGGAUGUCAUCCUCAGUGAUAUGGCGCCCAAUGCCAGUGGUUUUAAAGAGAUGGACCACGAGAGGCUGAUCAGCAUGUGUCUCUCAGUGCUGGACCUGGCUGAGAAAGUACUGCAGCCCGGGGGGGCAUUUCUAUGUAAAUGCUGGGAUGGAGGACAAACCAGCCUGCUCAAAAACAAGCUUGCUCAGUCCUUUCAGGACAUAAGAACCUUAAAACCCCGGGCCAGUAGGAAGGAGUCUGCCGAAAUGUUUUUACUUGCAAAGAAUUACAGGAAGAAAUGAUUAGCAGUUUUGAUUUUUUUAUGUCAAUAGUUACUUUUGAACUUAUUUGUUAGAUGCACGAAAGUGAAGUUUGUCUGAAAAAGCACUGUACAAAUGAGGUGUGCUCUUACAUGGAAUAUGAAACCAUGAUCAAAUCUGAAAUAUGUAAAAUAAAGAAAUAUUUG